AUGUUGAUUGGCUAUGUCGUUGAUAGUAACACUAAUGAUGAUGACCGAGCUACUGAUGAAAGUAAUGAGGAAGAUGAUGGCAAUGCUGUACAGAUUGAGCUGCCGUUCAUUAUCAUGGAGAGGCUGUCGACUGUGUGGGGAAUCCAGGCGGAGGCUGGAGGGAGGAGACAAGGCGAGGGAGGAAGAGGAGGGAAGGGGAAAAGGAGGGGGUUCUGGCACGGAGAGUACAGGGUGGCAGUGAACAUUAAUGACUAUCUGGACAUCUACUGUCCUUACUACGAGGGUCCUCCGUCCCAUGGGCGCAUGGAGCGCUACAUCCUGUUUAUGGUCAACCACGAGGGCUACACUUCCUGCCAGCACAGGAUGCGUGGCUUCAAGCGCUGGGAGUGCAACCGUCCCAGCGGUCCUGACGGACCCCUGCGCUUCUCAGAGAAGUUCCAGCUCUUCACUCCCUUCUCCCUGGGCUUUGAGUUCAGGCCUGGACACGAGUACUACUACAUCUCGUCUCCUCACCCAAACCAUGUGGGGCGAGCAUGUCUAAAGCUGAAGGUGUAUGUCAGACCUCCAGAUGGGUCGGGAUAUGAUUCUCCGGAGCCCUUCCUGACUGAUGGAGGUCCAAGCUGGAGGCCAGGGUCCAUGACCCUGUUAGCUGUUCUGGCCUCACUGCUCCUGGGACUCUUCUCCUGGCUGUGACCCCUCUCCCUCUCCUCCUGGAGCUCCCACCCAGGGUCGCUGGGCUGGGCUGGCUGUCCCUCUAAAUCCACCACCCCUCAGGGAAGCCCUCUGUCUCCGUCUCUGUAUC